AUGGGCAGCAGUAACUGGAAUCCGUUUUCCACCGGCUCGCCUGGUCGCCGCUCUACGUCCUCGUACCGUCCCGGCUACGCAUCCUCGUCGUACUCGUCGUCGUCGCGCCACCAUAGCUCCACAUCACGGUAUAAGCGGUCGCCACGCGACUCGUACAUGCAGCACCUGUACAAGAAGUUGCAGCAUUUCCUACGCGAGAUCUGGCGCUAUGCCCAAAGACACCCGUACAAGGUCUUCUUCAUGGUCAUUAUGCCCUUGGUCUCGGGUGGUGUCUUGCACAAGCUUGCCAGGCAGUUUGGCGUCAAUUUACCCCAAACUGGUGGUGGUGGCCACCAGACCGCGAGGGGCGGAUACUCUGGCUCCUCGCAUAACAAUGGUGGUGGCUACUAUGGAAGCCAGGGCUAUGGCAGAGAGACCACCACAACCAGGACGUCUGCUACUGCAAAUGGAGGAGGUGGCGGCAUGAUGAGUGGUCUGGCGAAUAUCGACAUGCAGAGCGUGGCGGGUGGCAUUGGCGGACUGGCUAGUUUGGCGAGUAUGGCGUCGAGAUUCAUGUGA